CAUUUUGUUGCAGGGGCGGAGCCUGCGGCGGGUCUCGGCUAGAGCGGGGAUGUCAGCACCAGAGUCAGGAACAGCUCCACUUGGGCAGGCGGCUCCAUUCCCAGCUGCUCCUCCCUUGAUGCCCCCACCAUUUAUGCCUCCACCAGGGCUUCCACCUCCAUUUCCUCCAAUCGGGUUGCCUCCAAUUGGACAAAGGCCUCCAGCAAUGCCUCCAAUCCCACAUGCCAUGAUGCCACCGAUGAUUCCUCCCAUGGCAGGCCCACCACCUAUUGCUCAGCUUCCAAGUCUAGUGCCUCCCUUAAUGCCAGCCAUGAUGCUGCCGGCAGUAACAUCCAGUUCUACAACAGCAGCUGCUCCAGGAGCAGAGUCUGUGAACUCCUCAGUGACACAACCAGCGGCUACUAUACCAAAGAUUGCUGUGGACGAUGGUGCACCAACUCAAGAUGUUCCAAAAAAGAAAACCUUAUGGACUGAGCACAAGGCACCAGAUGGACGUACCUACUACUACAACGCUGACACCAAGCAGUCUACCUGGGAGAAGCCAGAUGAGAUGAAAUCCAAAACAGAGCUUCUUCUCUCUCAGUGUCCAUGGAAGGAAUACAAGUCUGAUACAGGAAAAUCCUACUACUAUAACUCCCAGACCAAAGAGUCACGCUGGACCAAGCCCAAAGACUUGGAGGAAUUAGAAGCUUUGAUAAAACUUGAGGAGAAAGUCGGCACUGAACGCGAAAUCCAGUCUGCUGUGUCCAGUCCUUCAACUGCCGCUUCUUCUGACGCAGAAAUGACGCCUACCGAGGAGAUGGCAGCCUCACAGGCCGCUAUACCAGAGCCCACUGACUCAACCGAAAACGAAGCCCCAAAGGAGGAUAGCACUGUGUAUCAGAAAGAUGUCAUUAAUAGUGAGCCGCUCCAAAUUGAGGAUGGUGGAAUAGGGGAACCCGAGAAGAAGUUUUAUAGCUGGAGCACAAAGGAAGAAGCAAAACAGUUCUUCAAAGAGUUGCUUAAAGACAAGGGUGUUCCUUCCAAUGCAUCAUGGGAACAAGCAAUGAAAAUGAUUAUUAACGACCCACGUUACAGUGCACUUCCAAAGCUUAGUGAGAAGAAGCAGGCAUUCAAUGCUUACAAAGCCCAGCGUGAGAAAGAGGAAAAAGAGGAGGCCAGGCUCCGGGCCAAGGAAGCUAAAGAGAAGCUUCAACGUUUCUUGGAGCAGCAUGAGAAGAUGACCUCUACUACUCGCUACAGAAAAGCUGAGCAGAUGUUUGGAGAACUAGAAGUGUGGGCCAUUGUUCCAGAGAGAGAUCGCAAGGAGAUUUAUGAUGAUGUUCUUUUCUUCUUAGCAAAGAAAGAAAAGGAACAAGCAAAACAGCUGAGGAAACGCAAUGUACAAGCACUGAAGAAUAUCCUGUACAACAUGAAUAAUGUAAGCUUUCACACCACAUGGUCUGAGGCUCAGCAGUACCUUAUGGACAACCCUAUGUUUGCAGAGGAUGAAGAGUUGCAAAAUAUGGAUAAGGAGGAUGCAUUAAUUUGCUUUGAGGAGCACAUUCGGGCUCUGGAAAAGGAUGAGACAGAGGAGAAGGAGAAGCUCAGGAUUUUGGAGAGACGUCAGCAACGCAAGAAUAGGGAAUCCUUUCAGGUAUUUCUGGAUGAGCUUCAUGAGACGGGACAGUUACAUUCUAUGUCUACCUGGAUGGAGCUUUACCCUUCAGUCAGUACAGACACUCGCUUUGCCAACAUGCUGGGACAGACAGGUUCAACGCCGCUCGACUUGUUUAAAUUUUACGUGGAAGACCUAAAGGCUCGCUUUCACGAUGAGAAAAAAAUCAUUAAAGACAUAUUGAAGGAUCGCAGCUUCAGUGUUGAAGUAAACACUACUUUCGAAGACUUUGCUCACAUCAUCAGUUUUGAUAAGCGGGCAGCUACUCUAGAUGCAGGAAACAUUAAGCUAACGUUUAAUAGCCUCUUGGAGAAAGCCGAAGCUCGAGAACGUGAACGGGGAAAGGAGGAAGCUCGAAAAUUUAGGAGGAAGGAAGCUGCCUUCAAAAGCAUGUUGAAGCAGGCGGCACCCCCUCUGGAACCGGACUGCACCUGGGAUGAUGUAAGAGAGCGCUUUGUUGGUGACGGUGCUUUUGACCAAAUCACGGUGGAAUCGGAAAGGAUCCGUCUCUAUAAAGAGUUCCUGCAGGUUCUUGAGAAUGAAUAUCAACACCAUCACUCCAAAAGUAAAAAACACUCCAAAAAAUCCAAGAAGCACCAUCGUAAACACUCUCGUUCCCAGUCCCCAAACUCUGCUGACAGAGGGAAGAAGAAAGCUCCAGACAUAUUUACAGGAUGGGAGAACCCUGGAGGAGAGAAGGGUUCAGAAACUGAAGAUGAAAAUCAUCACCACAGAGCACAGAAAAGAAAGAAACGAAAUCACUCUGAAUCUGGCUCUGAAAUUUCCUCAUCUGCAGAAUCAGAACAUAGUUCCAAGAAAUCCAAGAGACAAAAAAAGAAGAAUAAGAAAAAGAGACACAAGUCGAACAGCCCUGAAAGUGAAACAGAGAGGGCUAAAGAGAGAAGCAGAAGAGAAAGGGAGCAAGAAAGUGAUCAGCCGAAAGAGAAAGUAAAAGAGAGCGAUCACAAUCAAGAAGAGUCAGUAGACAGUCGGCGCAAAUCACUGAAACAGAGCACGCGGAGAGAUAAAACAGGCUGGGACACAUCAGAGAGUGAACUCAGUGAAGGCGAGCUGGAGAAGAGGAGGAGAACCUUGCUCCAACAGCUGAGUGAUGAUCAGUAGUUUUAAACAGAAGAGUGCGGUGUAUCCUUGGUUUUUUGUUUUUAUUUUUUAAAUUAUUUAAGUUGACAGAACUUUGCCUUCAAGUGUUACUUUGAUUGGUUCCAUUAGCCAGAAAAUUCAUAGAUGUUGUUAUUUCUGCAAAGCCAUUACUUAGUAUGAGGACGUGAGGACUACAAUUCUUUGUUGUUGAGAAGCUGGAAAGCUACACAACUAUUUGGACAGUGCAAGGUAUUUAUUAAAAAAAUGAAGUUGAAUUCACGUAUUUGAACGAUCGAUUGUAUAGAAAAACAUGAAUAUUUCUUUUUACCAAGACAGAGUUCAGGAAAUCCAAUUAGGGGCACUCCCACCAUACAUUUAUAUGCUUUUGUCAUUGCCCUGUGGGUAUAAGGAAUAUAUAUGUAAUAUUUGCCAGAAAAAAA